CCCUUUCCUUUUUCUUCGUGGCAAAUAAAUCCCCAAAGGGGGGGGGGGGUUAUCUCAAAAAGAAAAGAAACAAUGGGUUCUCUCCAGCUUUUCCACAGCAUUUCAGUUUCAGUUUCUCCCGAAACGAAUCUCCUCCGUCCGUUAAACAAAGGGAGAUUGUGUGCAUGUCUCAACGUGGACGUGGAGCCACCGAAUCCGUCGAAAUUAAAGUCGAACAGCAGCAAAGACGUGAUAGAGGAAGAAGGGCGAGUUCUCGUUGGAACCUAUGCAAGAGCUCCGGUGGUACUUUCCAGUGGCAAGGGCUGUAAAUUGUACGACCCCGAAGGACGAGAGUUUCUUGAUUGUGCAGCAGGGAUUGCCGUCAAUGCGCUUGGUCAUGGGGAUCCUGAUUGGAUCAGGGCCAUUACAGAGCAAGCUAAUGUGCUUACUCAUGUUAGUAAUGCCUAUUAUUCAGUUCCUCAGGUCGAGCUUGCGAAACGUCUGGUGGCUAAUUCGUUUGCGGACCGUGUGUUUUUCACGAACUCUGGAACAGAGGCAAAUGAAGCUGCUAUUAAGUUUUCCAGGAAAUUUCAAAGAUUUAACCAUCCCGAUACCGAACAGCCUGCCACGGAUUUUAUCUCAUUUACUAGUAGCUUCCAUGGUAGGACGAUGGGAUCCCUUGCUUUGACAAGUAAAGAGCAUUAUCGUUCACCAUUCGAGCCUGUUAUGCCUGGAGUUACUUUCCUGGAGUAUGGAAACAUACAAGCUGCAAGAGAUCUUAUCAAGCUUGGAAAGACUGCUGCGGUAUUCGUUGAACCAAUUCAAGGUGAAGGUGGAAUAUACAGUGCAACAAAAGAAUUUCUGCAGGCUUUGCGUGAGGCAUGCGAUGAGGCUGGAUCCCUUUUGGUUUUUGAUGAGGUUCAAUGCGGAUUAGGUCGAACUGGUUAUCUGUGGGCACAUGAAGCUUAUAAUGUUUCCCCGGAUAUAAUGACACUUGCCAAGCCUCUUGCAGGAGGUCUGCCAAUAGGUGCUGCUUUAGUAACAGAAAGGGUUUCUUCUGCUAUUGUCCAUGGAGAUCAUGGAAGUACUUUUGCUGGUUCACCUCUAGUGUGCGCUGCUGCUAUCGCUGUUCUAGAUAAAAUCGCAAAUCCUAGCUUCUUGUCUAGCGUCUCAAAGAAAGGUCAUUACUUCAAAGAACUGUUGGCCCGAAAGCUCGGAGGAAAUCCGCACGUGAAAGAAGUGCGAGGUUUAGGUCUUAUAAUUGGAAUAGAGCUGGAUUUGUCGGCUGCACCACUUGUUGAUGCAUGCAGAGAUUCGGGUCUUAUAGUAUUAACAGCAGGGAAAGGAAAUGUUGUGAGACUGGUGCCACCAUUGAUAAUAUCAGAGAAAGAAUUGGAACGUGCAGCUGAGAUUUUGCAAGAAUGUUUGCCUGCACUUGAUAGUCGUAACUGAGGUCAGGAAAAUUGAUUACAGCAUUUUCAGAAUAUUAAUUCAAGUGUGUGUUAAAUAAUAGAUCAAACUCCCAUAAUUAUUCUAAAACUUCAACUCCAGCUUUCGCGAGGGGUUUUGAUC